AUGGCGAAUAAUGGUCCACUGUCUUUUCAGUACCCCCGUCUCACAAAAGAUAAUUACGAAAAAUGGUAUCUACGUAUGAAAGCCAUUCUUGGCUCCCAGGAUGUGUGGGAAAUCGUAGACAGAGGGUAUGCAAAACCCGAUAAUGAGGAAGCUCUGCCUCAAAAUGAAAAAGAAGUCUUGGCAAAGACAAGGAAGAAUGAUCAACAAUCGCUCACGCUCAUCCACCAAUGUUUGGAUGAUGCCAUGUUUGAGAAGGCUGUUGUGAAUCAAUUAAGAAGAUACGGGGAGGACACAAAAGAUGUUCGUGUGGUAGAAAAGAUCCUUCGCACUUUAACACCUAAAUUCGAUUUUGUGGUGUGUGCUAUUGAAGAGUCUGAAUAUUUAGACUCAAUGAUGAUGGAGCAAUUGGAGGGUUCUUUACAGGCCCAUGAAGAAAAGAUCAAGAGGAGACAAGAAGUGCCACUGGAGCAACUUCUUAAAACUCAGGCAUCCUUUAAGGAUUAUGGAGGUGAAAAAAGCUAUCAAGGGAAUGGACGAGGACGAGGCCGUGGCGGUCAUGGACGAGGAAGAAGUAAUGGUAACAACUUCAACAAUGAAGUUAAAAUCCAGCAAGCAUUCAGAGUACUUGUUGAGAAAGAAAGUGGCUAUGAAAUUAAAGCUCUACGGUCUGAUAAAGGAGGCGAAUUCACUUCAAACGAAUUUAAUGACUUUUGUCAGUCUCAUGGAAUUCGUCGCCCUCUAACGGUACCUUAUUCACCCCAACAAAAUGGAGUUGCAGAGAGAAAGAAUCGAACAAUUCUUAAUGUGGCUCGAUGUAUGUUGAAAGCUAAAAGUAUGCCCAAGGAAUUUUGGGCCGAAGCUGUUUCUUGUGCAGUUUAUUUGAACAACAGCGCAAAUGAAGUGGAAGAUCCAUCAGCUAGAUGUCAAGUCAGGCUUCUUGAAUGGCUAUCUUGA